GAACAAGAAAACUUCUGAAUUGAUCCUUGUUAACUUUAUUUCAGAAAGUGGUAAAAUAGCUGUGGCAUAUAGACCCUGUGCAGAGGUCACAGAUGAUGCUAGAACCGAAGAGGAACUACAGGAUUUAAUUCAAAAUGAAUUGCUCACCUGCCCCAAAGCCCUCCUACAGAAGUUCUGGAGUCAUCACUGAUUCAGUGGUAACGGCUAAUAAUAGAGUGGUGAAUUAAAAAUGAGACGUGAAUACUGAGAGUUUGGAGGAAAUGGCAACAUUUUAGAAUAACUGUAAGGUGUGUUCCCCUCCCGCCACGCUAACUGGUGCUCAUUGUGCAGGUCAGCUACUUUUCUUGUCAGCCGUGUGGCCAAAGGGGGGAAGAAUGCCUCUCAGACUUGAGCUUUGAGGAGGAAGAGUUCACAUUGCCAGAACUGGACUAGCACUUUUGAAUUUCCCAGAAUGCCAGGUCCUGUGGUUUCCUUGGGAAGCUCUGCAUCCUUCCCAACCCCCCGCCACCCCUGGGCCGCUGGAGUUUGGGGCCACUCGGGUCUGCAGCCCAAAUCCCGCCUCCUUGUUUGGGGCCAGGGAGGGCAGGGAGGGCUUGGGAAGAGGGCCCGGCAGGAGGUAAUUGUUGCUUUUGCAAGGGGAAGAAUGGCUUGCGCCCUGGGGACUCUGGGAAAAAGGCCCACUCUGGUGGCGCGCAUUGGAUCUCCCCACGAACCUAAUAAUGGUGGUGGUGGAACUAAACACGUCAUAAAUAACGGGUGGGACGUUAGGCAGGGGAGGGGCGCGCGGUUGCUGACGUGAGCCCUCGCGUCGGCGCUGGCAUAGCAGUUCAGCUCGGACGCAGGAUGUGGCUCAGUGGCCUGGGUCACUGCGCCUGGGAGCCGCCGCGUGUUAUGUCCCGGCUGCCCCUUUUGUUGCCACGGCUCUUCCUCACGUGGCAACAACUGUGGCUAGUAGUCCUGGCAGUUCAGCCUCCGGAGUGGGCCCUGGACCCCGUCCAGGUGACACCCAACCUCGCGCGGCUGACCGAGGCUUGGUCUUCAUACGCCUCAGACCCCCCUCCCAAAUUGCCCCAUGCCCUUACACCCCUGGCAGAAGCCGGGGGCUUUAAUUAUUUGACGUCCUCAUCUCCAGUCCAGAUGGUGGCCCCGCCUCAUCAGGAGUUGACUGAGACUGAGGUUCCAUACCCGGACACGGAUUCGGUUGGAGAGCUGCCUACAGGGCCAGAUCAGUUUGCUGUUCCACAUCAGGAUCUGAAUAACAAGCAAACCCAACAUCAAAAGCUCCCAGAGGAAGUUCCAGUGCUGGAUUGGAAUCAGAAUCAGGCCUUGGUUCUGCCUUCUCGACACAAAAUCCAGCAGGAGACGCCAUCUCAGCCUCCAGAGAGCCCUGAGGAGGUUGAACCUCCGCCAGUCCAGCAGCGGGCCCCAUCUCAGCCUCCAGAGCUCCCUGAGGAGGUUGAACCUUCUCUACUCCAUCAAGAGGCCCCAACUGAGACUCCAGGGUUCCCUACUGAGUAUGUACUUCAAAUUCCAGUGAGUGAUGAGGUAGCAUCUCUACCUGGCGUUCAGCGUCACGCUCAUUCAAACUUGCCCAGUGUUACACUUCAACCUCUGGAUUUGGAACUUACCAUCACUCCAGAGCCCACUACGGAAGCUGAACUUCCUACAGCUCAGCAGGAGGCCCUGGCUCCACCUCUUGAGCAUCCUGAGGAGAGAGAAUCUUCUCCAACCCAACAAGAGACCUUAGCUAAGCCUCCAGAGCCUCCUGGAGAGGUUGAGCCUUCACGUGAGCGGGAGCAACCAGCUCCGCCUCCAGAGCCUUCUUCAGGGGAGGUGGAACCUUCUCCAACUCAACAGGAACAGCCAGCUCAACCUCCAGAGCAUCUCGAAAUGACAGUUUCACCUCCAAGUCACCAUCAUGCUGAGCAUUCAAACUUAUCCAGUGUCGCUGUCAAACCUGCAGAUGUGGAGCUUACCAUAACAAAAGAACCCACGCCAGAGGUGGGACCUUCUCCAAAUCAGCAGAAGCCUUCAGCUCAGGCCUCAGUGCCCCUUACUAAUGCAGAAUUUUCUACAACCCAGCAUGAGGCCCCCACGCUGCCUUCACAGCCACCUGAGGAGGUUGAACCUUUGCCAGUUCAACAGGAGGCUUCAGCCCAAUCUCCAGAAGCCGGUCCACAUAACAAACCUUCAGUACAAGAGGAGACCCCAGCUCAGUAUCCAGAGCAUCCUGGAGAAGAAGUUACACCUGCCACAACCCAGCAGGAGACUCCAGAUCAGCAUCCACAGGCUCCUGAGGUUGUACCUUCUCCACCUCAGCAGGAAGCCAGAGCUCAGCAUCCACAGUCUCCUGGUGAGGUUGAAUCCUCUCCAACUCAGUCUCCAGAGCUCUCUAAUGUGACUGUAGUUUUCUCUCCGGAGCAUCAUGUGACAACAGUUUCUCCUCUAGGUCAGGAUCAAGCUCAGCUUCUGCAGCGGCCCGAUGUCACUGUUAAACCUGUGGGUCUUGCACUUAUCGUAACUCCAGCGUUCACUAAUGAGGUUGAAACUUCUCCACCCCAACAAGAAACCUCGGCUCAGUCUACAGUGUCCCCUGAGCAGUUGGAACCUUUGUCAGUCCAGCAAGAGGUUUCAGAUCAGCAUCCAACCCCCACUGAAAAUGUUGAACCUUUUCCAGUUCAGCAGGGAGCCCCAACUCAACCAACAUACCCCGAGGUGACAUUUCCAAAUCCAGAGCAUGUUCAGGCUCAGCAUCCAACCUUGACUGAGGUCACAAUUCAACCUUUGGACCUUGAACUGACCAUAAGGCCCGAACCCACUAAGGAGGAUGAACCUUCUCCAACCAUGCAGGGGACCUUAACCCAGCCUCCAGAACCACCUAAGGAGGUUUUUGUAGCUCAGCCUCCAGUAUAUCAGAACCCAAUAGUUCCAGCACCAGAUCAGGAUCACACUGAGCCUCCAACAUCACCCAGUGUCAGAGUGCAACCUUUAGACCAGGGGCUUACCACAACUCCAGAACCUACUACAGAGUCUGAACAUUCUACAGCCCUGCAGCAGACUACAGCUCCCCCUCCAAAACACCCUGAGGUGACACUUGCACAGCCAAACCUGACUCAAGUCACAGUUCCACCUGGGGACCUGGGAGUUAACAUAUCUCAGCAACCAAGGCCAUCUGAGACAGUUCCUUCGACUCAGUAUUCGGUACCCACUGGUCUUCCUGGUGUAAAAUAUACCCCAGAAAAGAAGCAGCCAGAACAGAAUGCCACCACAAACAUCAGCAUAUGUGAGCUCUGUACCUGCAAAAAUGAGACACUGUCGUGUGUUGGUCUCAGCCCAAAGCAGAAGCUCCACAGAGUGCGUGAGCCAGAGCCUAACGCCUACAACGGCACCUUCACCAUCAUAAAUUUCCAAGGAAACUCUAUUUCUUACAUUGAUGAAAGUAUAUGGAAGGCAUACCGCUGGACUGAGAAGCUAAUUCUCAGUGAAAAUUAUUUGACUGAAUUACAUAAGGACUCCUUUGAAGGCUUGCUAUCCCUCCGAUAUUUAGAUUUAUCCUGCAAUAAAAUACAGUCUAUCGAAAGACGUACAUUUGAACCACUACCUUUUGUGCAGUUUAUAAAUCUUAGUUGCAAUUUACUCACAGAACUGAGCUUUGGAACGUUUCAGGCCUGGCAUGGAAUGCAGUUUUUACGCAAGUUAAUUCUCAAUCAUAAUCCUUUGACAACAGUUGAAGAUUCUUAUCUUUUUAAAUUGCCAGCAUUAAAAUAUUUAGACAUGGGAACAACACAAGUGGCGCUUACAACAAUUGAAAGCAUCCUCAUGAUGACCCUUGAAUUGGAAAAACUGAUCUUACCUAGCCGUAUGGCCUGCUGCCUCUGCCAAUUUAAAACUACUAUUGAGGUUGUCUGUCAGACAGUCAAGCUGCGUUGUGACAGUGAAUGCCUGACAGACGUCACACGUUGCGACGAAGAAACAUCUCUUGGGAAUGCAGAAGGAUCGUUGAUGAAGGUGUUACAAGCCCGGAAGAAGAACAACAGCACCAAGCUGAUUAUUGAGCCAGAGAGGGCAUCCUCAGAUAAAAGUGCUGUCAGCUUGUCAGGCUUCAUGAAUGAGCAGCUGGACUUUAAAAAUGAAAGUGAUAUUAUCAGUGCACGAAGUUACAUACUGCCUUACAUCUCAGAGGGAAAUCUAGGAGAUGUGGAAUCAACAUUAUUACCAUUCCUUCAACUUCUUUUUUCAAAUACACAAGAUGGAGAUAUGCUCCUGGGCCUUUUGAAAAACAAUACAAGGAGCCCUUCUGUUAAACCUGUACGCAAGAAUUCAACUAAUAAAAAUAAAUUGAGGAAACUCCAUUUUCUGGAAAAUGUGUUAGAUGCAGAAACUCAAGAAAAAUUUGAUGAGGUUAAAAAGGAGGAAAAACCUGCCACGCGUACGCGUUCCAACCUUUUAAGUGCCAUGUUUAAACGCUACCUCUAUCUAAAGAAAUUGGAAACUCCCCAACCACAGAAAGACAGCCCAGCAAAGACUGAGAGUACCGAGGAAAAGCUGCUGAGAGUGAACAGGGUCCUCAAGGGCCCAAGGGGCCUACAGAAAAUGCACCUCCAAGCAGUGGGAGAUGAGAGCGUCAGGAGGAAACAGAAUGCCCAGCCAUCUGUGGCGAGCACUGCCGAAGAAAGAAGGCUCAGGAGGCCAUCCCCAGGAAAGCUGAAACAGCUUCUCAUGGUGCAGAGGCCCAGGAAGCUGGUGGGAAAGUCCUCCAAUGCGGAGUCUUCAUUUAUCAAAGAACACAAGGCAGCAGGCUCCUCUACCCUGAAACAGUACUUCAAGGUCAGGCCUUCUGCCUCCAUCCCUCCAAAAUCCCCAUCUGAGGUUAAAAGCAAAUCAAAAGACUUAUCCAACACUAUACUUGUUUUAGAGGAUGCCAAGGCUAGAGUUAGAAAUAUUAAGGAUUUUGAACUAAUCUCACAUUCUGGGAAAAAAUACAUCUUCCAUAAAAUUAGGACUCAUCGGGUCCAGAGAAAACCCAAAGGCAAAAGGAGUCGAAAGUUCAGAAAGAAAAGUUCACUCAAUAGAAUGAUGCUUGCAAGCCCGCCGUUCUCUGUAGUGAGGAGUCUCAUAAAUUCCCCUCCGCGAGAAGCUGUUUCACCUUCAAGAGAAGUGACUUCUCAGGAAAAUCCUUUUCCAGAAUUAUUUUCUCUUUCAGACCCUUCUACAGAAAACACUACUUCAGAAAACAAUACUGCACAAAAUGUUUCUGAAGAAGUUAUUUCCUCAGGAAACUCUACUCUGCCCGGAGGAACCGGCCCUGAAAACACUACCCAUAAGGAUGUCUCCACUGCACAUUCUGCUGUUGCUGCAGACAACAGUAUGGCACCUGUUCAACACACCAACGAAACACAGUGGGAGCACCACAACACGGGCACUGAAUUAUCCUCUAAGCCCACAGGCUUCACUUUCCCAGGGCUCACAUCCCCGGGUGAUCAAGUUGAAACUCAGCUAAACCAGCAGCUACGGUCCCUCAUCCCCAACAAUGACGUGCGAAGGCUCAUUUCUCGUGUUAUCCAGACUUUGAUAAUAGACUGCUCGGACACCCACGUGCAGCUGGCCUGUGCCAACCUCAUCUCUAGAACAGGCCUCCUGAUGAAGCUUCUCAGCAAGCAGCAGGAAGUAAAGGUGUCCAAAGCGGAAUGGGAUACGGGCCAGUGGAAAAGUGACAACUAUAUCAGUGAGAGCACAGAAGCCCAGAGUGAGCAGAAAGAGCAGGAGUCAAGUGAGCUCACAAAAGAAGUUCCAGGAUAUGGCUAUGACAACAAACUCAUCUUGGCAAUAUCUGUAACUGUAGUAGUGACGAUUUUGGUUACACUUCUCUGUCUCAUUGAGAUUUAUUCUCAUCGAAUUGCAAAAGGGGAAGAUAAGAAAAGAAGCAGAAGGGGCUUUUUUCGAUUUCUGCUGCGUCAGAGAAGCUCAGGGGAAAGUGAGAGUCAGGAGGGCUUUUUCGGGAGAAGGCGGCCACUUUGGCUUAGGGAUAUGUAUAGGCCUCUCAACGCCACACGCAAGGAAAACAUGGCACAAAAGCUACACGACAGGGAGUCUUCUGAUGAGGAUGAGAUGUACUUCUAUAAGGAUGUACCGUAAAUGGGAAGUCAUCAAAGCCCCAGCAGAGAAGCUUCUGGCUGCAUAUUGGAUUGAUGAAGAGGCGGGUGAGGAAAGUGAGACCGCACACGAGACAGCCACAGAGUGAACCCUGUUCUGCCUCAAGCCACCUGCAAAUUUUGUUUUUUAAUAUCGGCUUCUCAGCAUUGCUUGUAAAAUACUUCUUUUUCUUAUAUUAAAGUGUAUAAAUUCAUAACCAAGUCUAA